AUGAAUUGCUCUUCUCGUAUUGCCUUCAUGAGAACCCUUUUCUUCUUACUCUUCUUGUUGCUCCCUAUUUCAUUUCCUUUCACUUCUACUACUGCAAAUGCCUUCACUUCUACUACCACCACUGCUGCUGAACAAGCAGAGGCUCUAUUGAAUUGGAAAUCCAGCCUCCUUCACAAUCAAACCAACUCUGAUCUUCUGCCUUCUUGGACACUCACCAAUUCUUCUUCUUCUUCUUCUUGCAAUUGGGUUGGUAUUGUUUGCAAUCAGUUCGGCAGUGUCUCCCACAUAGAACUAUGGGAUAUGGGUUUUCAAGGUACGCUCAAAAGCUUCAACUUUACUUCUUUCCCUGACCUUGUUCAUCUUCAACUCACCAAUUUAACUCUAUUUGGUACCAUUCCUUUUCAGAUAAGUAGCCUUUCCAAACUUAGAUUCUUAGAUCUAUCUUUCAAUCAAAUCUAUGGUGACAUUCCAUCAGAGAUCAGUGGGCUAACAAGUCUUCAAUUCUUGAAUCUUGCUGUUAAUAAUCUUAAUGGCUCCAUACCACCAGGUAUAGGAAAGGUAAUUCAUCUUAUAGAACUAAAUGUGUCUUCAAACAAUCUCAGUGGUUCAAUCCCUACAUCUUUAGGUGAUUUGUACAAUCUUACUUGUUUAUCACUCUCUGUUAAUGCAUUUUCUGGUUCUCUUCCUGUAGAAAUUGGAAAUUUGAAAAAUCUGAGUGAGUUAUAUAUGUACCAAAAUUCUCUAACAGGAUCCAUCCCCUCCACAUUUGGGAACUUGACCAAGUUGACCAAGUUAUAUCUGUAUCAGAACAAUCUUUGUGGUCCUAUUCCUUCAGAAAUAGGAAACUUGGCAUCCCUUGUAGAUUUAGAACUGUCUUCAAAUCUCUUGACAGGUUCGAUUCCACUCACUUUUGCAAACUUGUCCAAGUUAGAGAACUUGUUCUUGAUCAAUCCCUUCCAUGCUUGGGAACUUAACCAAGUUGAACACAUUAUAUCUGUAUCACAAUUAUCUUUCUGGUUCUAUUCCUUUAGAAAUUGGAAACUUGGCAUCCCUUGUAAAUAUAGGUCUGUCUAA